AUGGGCCUCAUGGACAAAAUCAUGGACAAAGUCAUCGAAAAAGCCCAAGGCGGCGGCAGCCACAGCGAAGAAUCAUACGGCGGCGGCGGCUAUGGUGGCGGUGACUCCGGCUACAGCUCCGGCCCUCCUCCCCCCCAAGACCUCCCUUAUCCCUGGGUCGCACGCUACGAUCCGAACAGCGGGCGCCAGUACUAUGUGAACGAGCAGACCGGUGAGACGAGCUGGGAGCAUCCCGGUUCCCGCGGUGGUGGUGGAUACGGAGGGGAGUAUGGAGGGGGAUACGGUGGUGGUAGUGGGGGAUAUGGAGGUGGUGGAUAUGGGGAGGGUUCUGGGUAUGCGCCGCAGGGGCAUGAGGAGAAGAAAGAUCAUAGUAUGCUUUAUGGAGUUGGGGGUGCGGCGCUGGGAUUGGCGGGUGGUGCGUUGGCGAUGCAUGAGGGAGAGAAGAUUCACGAUGGAUGGGAGGAGAAGAAGGAUGACAUUGAAGAGGGUGUGCAUGAUUUCCCCGAGAACGCUGCCCACUGGACCGGUGAAAAGGUCGGCGAAGCCGAACAGAUCCCCGACAAUAUCGAAGAGGGCUUUGACCGCUUCGGGAACAAGGUCGAGGACGGCUGGGACAACACUGUGGAAAACAUCGAGGAUGCCCCCGAGAACAUCGCCGAAUGGACAGGCGAAAAGGUCGGUGCUGUGGAAUCGUUUGGCGAUAAUAUCGGGGAUGCGUAUGAUGAGGGUGAGGCCGAGGGACGGGGUGAUGAUGAAUGGUGA